AAAAGAUAGAUAAUAACCCCAAUAACAGCCAACCAUCCUCCCCUCACCUUAUCCAAACUCUCCCCUCGCCUCCCCCGUACAAAAACACAACGCCCUUUUUAUUCUCUCGCCUCUCUCCUCUUCUAUAACCUCAGCAUAUAGCGGCACUCGAAGAGAUGGCAACAAUUUCUACAGCAGCACUCUCAGCGACAGCCCUGAGCUCCUCUAUGAGGGGGAAGCCAGCUGGGGUCGUGUACGUUAAUGGGCUCAACUCGUUUGGUGGGCUAAAGGCCCAUAACAGUGUUGCUUCACUCGGAGUGAGUAAAUGCACUGAGCAGUCUUUUGCUACGGUUGUGAAUAAUCUCAAGGGGAAGAGGGGGAGCAAAGGAGGUGCUCUGUCUUCAACUUGCAAUGCUGCUGCUGAGAUAUUUCAGAUUGCUGCGGUUAUGAAUGGGCUUGUUCUUGUUGGUGUUGCCGUUGGAUUUGUGCUGCUAAGGAUAGAAGCUACUUUGGAGGAAGCUGAGUAGAUGCGCUCCGAAGUGUUUUGGUUCAGAAAAUGUUUUGGAUUUUUAUGGAAUUGUAAUAUUAAGUGAAGAAAUUGGCUGAAACUUAAAAUUUGUUUGAGGAUGAUCAGCAAUGACGUAUUUAACUUUUUUGUGCGAU